GGCAGUUUCAGCCGCAAGAGGUGCAGCACGCCUGCGGCGCGUUCAUCGACGGCCGGCUGAACGACAUGCUGCGAGGGCCUGAUCAGCAACUCGCGGCGCGUGCCGGGCCUCGCGCCGCGGUGACGCUCACGCGCUAUGUGCGGCUUGGCCAGCCGGCGGAUGUGACGCAGAGCCUCACGCGGACUGAGACUGCACUGGCCGCACGUAUCACCGUCAGCGAGGUCGUGCCGAUUGUAGCGACCGAGGUGGUUGCAGGCGCGACUGUGCGGAUUGCCACGACACAGCGCGUCAUCGAGGAGGUCGCACGCAUCACCUCGACGCGGACGAUCCUGGCGCCCCUCCAGAUCAUCACGCCUCCGGCGCUCAUCAUCGCAGAGACUCGCACGCUGCCGCGGAUCGUCGAGACGCGCCGUCCGCCUCCGGUGGUACUGACACGUUUGGCAACGGCGUUCCGGAACGUGCAGCAGCUCCGCACGCUCACGCUUCCGGCGGUCCCUACGACGGUCCGAGUCGUUGUGCCGCAGCCCUUCACCCUGCUGCGCUUCGCCCAGGUUCUGGCCAAGCCGAUGACGGCUGCCGACUGCUCCAAGGAGAUUCUGCGCGACGUCGAGGGCAUCUACCGGCCGUUCUGCGCUUCGAGAGUCGCCGGACUGCUGGGACGUUCGCUGGAGCUCGAUGACGGUAGAGAGCGCUCGAAUGCGACCCUGGGAGAACUCCGUGCCGGCCCUCGACGCCGCGCACUGCUGCCCGACAGGCUGCUCUUCUGCAACCUAGCGGCAAUUUCCGACGCCUGUGGCUCUCUCUUAAACGGCGGCGCCACCCCGACGCCGACACAAACGUCGACUCCUGCAGCCACGCCCACAGUCCGCGUUUUGCGGAAGGCGGAUACCACGUGCGGCAACGGCGGCAUCACCUGGUACCACCAUGCGCUGGAGCAGCCGCGCCUCGACCUCUGGGGCGACCCCAAUUGGCUGAAGUUCGACCCGCUGCUCUAUGAUCCGGUGACGCACGCGGCCAACGCGCGCUACUACGACACGGGCACCAUCUCUUCGCUCGGCUACUGGUCGAGCCGCACGACGACAGCGCCUGCUGCCAACCAGGACUUCUGCUCGAUCUACUACGAUACGCACAAGGCGUACAACGUGCAGACGAUCACUCAGCGCGGCUACAUGUUCGCUCCUCUCACUGGCACAUACACGUUUACCAUCUAUGAUGUGGACGACAUUGCGAUCCUAUGGGUCGGAGACCAGGCGCUGACCUCCUACUCGCGCACCACGGCCCUCGGCAUCGCGACGUGGGCCACCGGCCCAGGCAACAACGUCCCCGGCCGUUUCACCAAGACGAUGGACUUCACUGCAGGCACGUACACGCCAAUGCGCAUCAUGUGGGCCAACGGCCCGGGCGGCAGCCUCAUGUCGAUGACCGUGACCGCUCCCGACGGCACCAACAUCAACACGGCCGACUGGUUCGUGACAAAGCCGUGCGACUCGACCGCAGCCAAGGCCUUCCCCAGCUACGUGCGCGGCACGCCGGCGGCGACGAGCAACUACGCCCUGUGCCAGCUGCGCUGAUGCAGCGUGUCUGACCGGCGCCCAUUCUGCGGAGCCUCGCGGUUGAUCCGUGGGCUCGCUUCCUCUCUUUUCGCUUCCACA